AUGCGUUUCAACAACAAUCUCUCGCUCGCUUUUUUCUUUAGCGUCGCAACCGCUUUUCGUCGAACCUGCACAUACGACACUACAGCCGACAACGACGUGCCCGGCUCUUACACUAUAGCAGACAACGAUAAUUGGAGUAACAUCGCGGCGGACUUUUGCAGUAAUAUCCAGCAGCUGCAAACUAUGAACUCUCGUGCCUCGAUGACUGUGGGACAAACUUUGAGAGUUCCUUGCAGAACUCGAUCGCGUGAUUGCGGCAAGAUCCCGGGCAGCGGAUAUGGGUAUUAUACGGUCGUCGACGGCGAUAACUUGCAGCUUAUUGCGAGGGAUUUUUGCGCAGACAUCGAUGGUUUGUCGCUCUUAAACCCCGACGUUAAAGACUACAAAAUCACCGCUGGCAUGGUCCUCCAAGUUCCUUGCUCUUGGAACUAG